GCUUGGAUUAUGUCCUGCAACGGGAGAUCUACCGGAUCUGAUACUUGUGGAAUGCGAUCCAUCUCAGCGUACGGCGAUCUGUGAGGAUACACUGAGCUGGAAGUCCCACUGCCUUUCUGAAUGAAUGCAGACCCGCCUUUGUGACUAUGUACCGGAGAUCCAAGAUCCGUUGCUGGGUAGAUCCGGUGGGUUUCUAAAUUCAACAACUGUCCCCACAUUCGGAGCAGCUUUCCCCCCUGGCAGGCAGCGCUGUCACUCGUGGCCGUGCACAUCUAGCUGUCACGCUGCCUUCUCGGAUCCACGCACAGAGGACACUGCAGGACAGAUAGUGGAUCCCACCUCCUCCUCCUCGCUUUACAUAACAUCUGACCAUGGGAAGCGCAUGCCGUGGACCCACCAGCGAGGAUCUAACACGGAGAACCCGUUGAUCCCCCCCCGGGAUCUCCCCACUGGCACCCGAUUACCGAGCCCGGGCUUCCAUUCAACUGUCAGAUUCGUUUAUAUUCACAGAAGCUGUUCUAUUUUUUUGUUCUCUCCUGGCGGAAAUGAUGAGAGUUUAAGAGUAUUUAUUCAGGGGGAUCGGCUUCCUCCCUUGAAGACCUAUGCAAAGUUAUGGCUUGAGACACCAUGGGGACACGGAAGACAAGAGACAUCUCCUGCAGCACACCACAGCUGCUUCAGUCACUGAGAUGAAUGGGGACACUAUUCAACCUGAAAGUUCCUCCGUCCCACAGGGCUGGAAUGAGUUCUGUGAGCUUCACGCCAUCUCCACUGCGAGGGAGCUGGCAAAGCAGUAUUGGUUAUUCGCUAACCAGAACCCGCAUCAUGACAUCCUGGCUGCGGAGAACUUCUCUUUACAGUUCACCGAUCUCUUCCAGCAGUAUUUCAGGAACGAGGUGAGGGAAGGUCGGGGCAUGGACCAAUUUAGAUUUUUCCCAUUUAGCAGAGUAAAAGAUUAUAGAGAAACAGGCAGGAGGCCCUCAGAGGAGUCUCCAAGUACGGUUGCAGCAAAGGUGGAGGUGGACGUGGCAGCUCGCCAUGAAAACUCUGAGCAGACUGUUUGUGAUACUGGUGUCCAACAUGUGCCAAAAUCAUGGAGCUUAGAGGAACUCCGGCCCAGCCUCAACCAUCCACCUGCGAGACCAUUCAUUCGAUUUUCAUUCAAUAGCCUCAGGAGAAGCCUUCGAAAUAUAUUCCGUAGGAGGCCUUCCGGCCCCGCAGCCGGCGACACCAGAGAAACAGAGGCGGAUACAGCAGAGUCACCCACUUGGCAUGGCCUUCAAAAACGGAUUUUACCAUGGACUACUACAAGAGAGCAAGUGGUGGAAGUAAAAAAAGAAGGCCAGUUAAAUUAUAGCAUGGUGGAUGAGGCAUGUAUGGACAGUGGGAAUGUUUGGCACAGGUGUCGGUUGGUUCUGCGGAAAGCAAGCUGUCUGGAGACUGAAGAUUACCUUCUAGAGCUGUUUGAUCCUCCCAAAUGCUCCAAGCCAAAGCUACGAGUCCUGUGCGGUGCUGUCCAGGAGAUCCGGAAAUGUACCAGACUAGAGAUGCCAGACAAUAUUAACACGUUUAUGUUGAAGGUCAAUGCAGCGGAGGUUAUCUUUGAAGUCAGCGACGACCAACAGCUAACUUUGUGGAUAUCUGAAAUCAAAGCAUGCGUGAGCCGCUGGUCUGAAGAGUCUGAUAGUGACACACAUGAGAUUUCCCAGUCAGACAUAGGUUCCCAGAAUCCUGCCAGCGGAAGCACAGACUCCAUCACUCAAGGCGCCGCGGUCCUUCUUCCUCCAGAGCAGUGUAGUCACAGAACCGACCAUUUCCUUGCACCCUAUCCGUGGUUCCAUGGGUCCAUUACCAGAAUCAAAGCAGCCCAGCUCGUCCAAUCCCAGGGAUUUGAAGGACACGGUGUAUUCCUUGUAAGGCAGAGUGAAACGCGUCGGGGGGAGUAUGUCCUCACAUUUAAUUUCCAAGGCAGAGCAAAGCACUUACGCCUAACGUUGACACGCAGUGGGCAGUGCCACGUCCAGCAUCUGCGCUUCCUGUCCGUGGUAGAAAUGCUUCACUACUUCAGAUUAAAUCCGAUUCCAUUGGAAAGCGGAGCCGCCUGCGAUGUGAAGUUAUCUAGUUACGUGGUAGCAGCUGCCCAUUCACAAGAGCAUAGCACCUCAGUCAGUACAUUACUGUUCCCACUGCCGAUCCAGCCCUGGAACUCAGACCGCAGUGUCCCCCACCUCCCCUGCCUAAACCUACGGCCAGAGCCUUAUGCAGAAGACAGCCGGAGGAGCUCCUAUUCAGAGCAGAUUUUUCACCUCGUCCCCUCUCCGGAGGAGCUGGCUCGUAGUUUUCAGCGGAGCGAGGCCGGUGUGGCCCAGUCAAGCAGUCACAGGGAUUCGGACUAUGAAAUGGAUUCUUCAUCAAGGGGCCACAUGCGAGCAAUAGACAAUCCUUACACUCCUCUUUGACAGUGUGGCUGCUGUACAUAAUGAACAUACUUUUUUACUUUCAUACAGAAAAUGAUCACCAGAGCCUUAAUAUGAGCUGAUCAAAUCAAGAAUGUAACUAUUUUGUAUUCCUAUUUUUUCCUAUGUUACAUGGCAGGGAUGGAUAUACUUUACACCUGCAUUAGGUGUUAUUCUAUUAGGCCUGUUAAAGGGCCCUGCUUUUUUACUGCAUUCUAGGUCUGCACGGGCCUGAAAGUGGUGAAAGGUUUUAUUUGUAAGCAGUCUAAAAGCUUCCAUGUUUGUGUUAGUUUACGUAGUACAUCUGAGGGUAAUAUACUUCUAGCUAUAUUUCUUAUAAAUUCAUAUGUAUUCGGUAACUA